AUGGCACGUAGCGAACGAAAGGAGAAUCGCACAAAGUUAGCACGAAGUAAAAGUGCAGCCAGAGCACGAGUCCCGAACACUGGACGAGAUGUCGGUCGUCGGCCGUACGAAAUCACAGUCGUCGUCCUUGGCGGCACUAGAAAAAAUGCAAUAAUUAACAGUAUGGAAAGCAGCUUUAUAAACUACAGUAGUCCACCGCGGAACAUUGAGGUUGGCAAGUCGGCGUUGGUAUCACAAUUUUUAUGGGACAGCUUUCCUGUCGAUUAUCGGCCUACGGUAGACGAAUUCAACUGGAUCGAGUACGACAUUGGCGACGGAAGUGUACUCAUGUUACAGAUGAAUUAUCCGAAAAGAGCGCAAAGAAUGAUUGUAGGACCGUUGCAGAUAAUCGACUCAAGUGGGUCACACGAUUUCCUCGCUAUGCGUCAUUUCUACAUCAGAACAGGGGAUGCGUUCAUGGUGGUUUUUUCGAUAGAUGACGCUGCGUCGUUAGAGGAAGCAAAACGAAUCAUCGAAGAGAUUGAAGAAGAGCGAGAUAAAACAGUGCCUGUGAUAUUGGUAGCGAACAAGUGCGAUUUAUACGACGACGUUAUGAAGUGGGAGGCAAAGAGAUCGCAUCAGUACGCCUACAACCGAAGUAUUCCGAUUGUCGAAUGCACAGCGAAGUGUCAUGAUGAGGCUACUGAUGUGUUCAAGGGGCUUUUAGAAGGACUGCGCGAUCGGAAUCGUAUCGGUAUGACAGAGAUGACGAAGCGACGGUGA